CCAACUGAAACAAGUACUUUCAUUUGUAAUGUUGUGGAAUCAGAAAUCUACAUCGGAAAAAGCAUAAAAGUGUGAUGAAAAUUUUGGUGACCUAUUGAGGGUCCAUAGCUAAAUACUGUAACGACAUAGUGAAACUAACAAAGAAUGGUGGUCAUUCGUAAGAAGUUGGUAGUUGUUGGUGAUGGAGCUUGUGGAAAGUCCUGCCUUCUUUUUGUGUUUUCCAGAGAUCAGUUUCCAAAAGUUUACGUACCAACUGUAUUUGAAAACUAUGUUACUGAUAUAGAAGUAGAUGGAAAACAAGUCGAAUUAACAUUGUGGGACACAGCUGGUCAAGAAGACUACGACAGAUUGAGACCUUUAUCAUAUCCUGACACUGAUGUGGUACUUAUGUGCUUUUCCAUAGAUUCACCAGAGAGUUUAGAAAAUAUUCCAGAAAAAUGGACUCCAGAAGUAAAUCACUUUUGUCCUAAUGUUCCUAUUGUCUUAGUUGGAAAUAAAAAAGAUUUGCGUGAUGACGAAACUACAAAAAGAGAAUUGCAGAGGAUAAGACAAAGACCUGUGAAAUUUGAACAAGGAAGAGAAAUGGCUGAAAAAAUUAAAGCUUUUUCAUACCUUGAAUGUUCUGCUAUAUCUAAAGAAGGUGUACGUGAGGUUUUUGAAACUGCAACACGGGCUGCACUUCAGGUCAAAAAGAAGAAAAAGGGAAAAUGUAUUCUGCUGUAACUUCAUAUAUUCCUGACCACAACAUACUGCAUUUGAGUAUGCAUCACAAAUCCCUAUGAUGUUGCGAUGUCAACAGAACAACUGCUGCAACCACAUGAGAAAAGUUUAGUUUGCAAAACAAGAUAACUGUUUGUAUAUAUUUGUUAAUAGAAAAAUAAAAAUAGUUACAAAUAUUUAUGCAAAUUAUUUUAAAAAUAUUUUUACAAGUUUCAUAUAUAGUAGUAUAUCAUUAGCAAAUACUAUAGAAUAUAUGGAGCAUAUGGAGAAUAUAUGGACAAAUACUACAAA